ACAAAUUCUCACGUGGCUGGGAUGAGGAUAAGCCAACCCAACGACCACCAGCGACCUCGACACUACACUGGCUUUUUCUCUGCUCUCUUGUCCUUCACCCUUCAAAACACACCCUUUUUUUGUUUUUUAACCAACACACUUCUUUAAAACAUAAAAAACGAUGCGGUAGCCAACUUCCUAUGGAGGCUCGGAGGCUCGCCAUCCUCUCUUCUCAUCUUUGUCCUUCCGGUUCGGGCUCUGUUCCCGCCCGGUCCUCAACCGUUUCUGCUUCCGGCUGCGCGUCCGACAGGCAGUCUCUUGAUCCCGAUAACAAAACUCUGGGAAACGACUGCGUUUUUUGUCAAAUUAUUCGCGGUGAAUCCCCGGCUCUUAAGCUGUAUGAAGAUGAUAUGUGCUUGUGUAUAUUGGAUACGAGUCCUUUGAGUCGUGGGCACUCUCUUAUUAUCCCAAAGUCUCACUUUUCUUCCUUGGACACAACUCCACCAUCUGUGGUAGCUGCGAUGUGUUCAAAAGUGCCUUUUAUCGGCAAUGCAAUCAUGAAAGCUACUGGUUCUGAUUCAUUCAACUUGUUGGUUAACAAUGGUGCAGCUGCUGGUCAAGUUAUAUUUCAUACUCAUAUUCACAUAAUCCCUCGUAAAGCACGUGAUUGCUUGUGGACUUCUGAGAGUUUGCACCGGCGUCCCCUAAAGUUAGACCAGGAAACAUCAGGUCUCGCAAGUCGUGUUCGAGAAUUGUUGCUAAACAUUUCCGAAAAGAGCAAGGUUCAAGUGUCGAGUCUGUCUUGAAUUUUGUGGGAUCAAUGGCCUGCUGUAAUCUACAUGUGACACAAAUCUUUACUUUUACUAUACUAGUUUUUGUACCAUACAAGUAGAUAGUCCAUUCUUUCAAGAAUCUUGUAGGACCUUCACAGUGUUUCUGUUCUUGAAGGUAGAAAUAGUGUCAGGCUGCAUGAAAGGAAAAGGAUAAAAGGUGAGUGGUAUAUGGAGUCGUCUCUUUCAUCAUAGUGUUGCUAUCAUUCUCAUUCUUGCUUGUUGAAGACAUGCUAAGAUCACAAAAAGUCACAAUAACAAUCACUGCUGCGUAAUCAUGCAUGAUGUCAUUGUAGAGUGAAUGUCCCGUAUAUCCUAGCAAGCUACAUAAAUCAUCAUCUCUUUAACGUCUCUGCAUCUUGUGGUUGUUCUGAAUACGAAGUUUUCAUCGAUUGUUUGAAAAUUGUUCGCAAUCAUUCUAAUUGUGGGAAAGCCUUUCCCUGUAAACUCAGUGGGGUAAUAUAUAUGGAUUGAGGUAUUGAAUCUCGA